AUGAGUAGCGAUUCACAUUUAUUCCUUCACAAGGAGUGUUACUUUCAUGACUCUCUACAUAACAGGGAUGCAGUCGAAAGUCACCGUAUUGAUGACUGGGAUAUCAGAGAUGAUGACGUGGUUGUUGUGACUUUUCCUAGAUCAGGCACUGGGUGGAUGAUAUUGGCUCUUUCCGAAAUGUACAGUGAUUUGAAUUGGAAGUUACCAAGUACAGGACGGCGUGUCAGGCCCUGUGCUCUUUAUGAAAAAAUGGACCUUCCACCAGGCCUGUACGGUGAUCAUGUUCGAUCCACCAAGUGUGAUAUUAACAAGAUGGAAUCGCCCAGGCUGCUUUUAUGCCACAUGCCGCCUCGUUUGUUCCAUUCAAAAUGGUUAAAUGGUAAACGAAAUUGCAAAAUUAUCUACAUAUGGAGACACCCCAAAGACGUUUGUUGUUCUUUGUACAAAAUCGCGAAAUCAAUUUCUUUAUCCGAGAGUGUAGAUUUCACCCAGAGUUGGGAGAAUAUGGUGAGUAAGUUUGUCCAGGGGAAAGUAAAUUUCGGUCCCUGGCUGAAUCAUGUGUUGUCAUGGAGAAGAUUUAGUGAGAAGGAUAACGUUUUGCAUAUAUCUUUCGAAGAUAUGAAGGCGGACAUGGCAGCUAUAUUAACCAAAGUUGCAGAGUUCCUAGGGCGACCUGUAGAUGUCGAAACCAUUGAACGUGUGGUGACCCGAUCUAGCAUCGAAUCGAUGAAGUCAGCGGCAGACGACAUUCGUAUGACACCACUCCAAGACUCCUGGCGUGGUGAUAGUCAAUAUUUAUGGAAGGGUGCUGUCGGCAACUGGAAAAAUCACUUCACAGUAGCUCAGAAUGAGUAUUUUGAUAAGUAUAUUACUACGGAAGCUGAAAAGCAUGGACUGGUGAUAAAAAAUUGA